CCUCGCCGACUGCUCGGCCGCGCGUCUGAGCCGCCCGGGCCCGGAGCGCAGGCGGCGAGGCCACCGCACCUGCAGCGCGCUCGGGCUGCCGAGCAGACGUUUCGCCUCCCGCCACCCGGCCUCCCUCUCCCCGCCGCGCCGGGUCUCCUGUGACACCCGAGACCCCCCCGGCCAACGACAAUGACCACUUCCCUGCAAGAUGGGCAGAGCGCCGCGGAUAGGGCGGCUGCCCAGGACUCGCCGCUGGCUGCCCAGGUGUGCGGCGCUGCCCAGGGGAGGGGCGACGCCCGCGACCUGGCGCCUGCCCCCUGGUUGCACACGCGGGCACUCCUGCCCCCUCCGGACGGGACCCGCGGCUGUGCUGCAGACAGGAGAAAAAAGAAAGAUCUUGAUGUUCUGGAAAUGCCAUCUAUUCCAAACCCUUUUCCUGAGCUAUGCUGUUCUCCAUUUACAUCUGUGUUGUCAGCAGGCCUGUUUCCCAAAGCAAAUUCAAGGAAAAAGCAGGUAAUUAAAGUAUACAGUGAAGAUGAAACCAGCAGGGCUUUAGAGGUACCCAGUGACAUAACUGCCCGAGAUGUUUGCCAGCUGUUGAUCCUGAAGAAUCAUUACAUUGAUGACCACAGCUGGACCCUUUUUGAGCAUCUGCCUCACAUAGGUCUAGAAAGAACAAUGGAAGACCAUGAGCUGGUGAUUGAAGUGCUGUCUAACUGGGGAAUGGAAGAAGAGAAUAAACUAUACUUUAGAAAAAAUUAUGCCAAAUAUGAAUUCUUUAAAAACCCAAUGUAUUUUUUUCCAGAGCAUAUGGUGUCCUUUGCAACUGAAACCAAUGGUGAAAUAUCCCCCACACAGAUUUUGCAGAUGUUUCUGAGUUCAAGCACAUACCCUGAAAUCCAUGGCUUCUUACAUGCAAAAGAGCAGGGAAAGAAGUCCUGGAAAAAGAUUUACUUCCUUCUAAGAAGAUCUGGUUUAUAUUUUUCUACUAAAGGGACAUCAAAGGAACCACGGCAUUUGCAGUUUUUCAGCGAAUUUGGCAAUAGUGAUAUAUAUGUGUCCCUGGCAGGCAAAAAAAAACACGGAGCACCGACUAACUAUGGAUUCUGCUUUAAGCCUAACAAAGCGGGAGGGCCCCGAGACCUGAAAAUGCUCUGUGCAGAAGAAGAGCAGAGUAGGACGUGCUGGGUGACUGCGAUUAGAUUGCUUAAGUAUGGCAUGCAGCUGUACCAGAAUUACAUGCAUCCAUAUCAAGGUAGAAGUGGCUGUGGUUCUCAGAGUGUCUCACCCAUGAGAAGUAUAUCAGAAAAUUCUCUCGUAGCAAUGGACUUCUCAGGACAGAAAAGCAGAGUUAUAGAAAAUCCCACAGAAGCCCUUUCAGUCGCUGUUGAAGAAGGACUUGCUUGGAGGAAAAAAGGUUGUUUACGCCUGGCCACCCACGGCAGCCCAACUGCCUCUUCCCAGAGCUCUGCCACAAACAUGGCCAUUCACCGGUCCCAGCCAUGGUUUCACCACAAAAUUUCUAGGGAUGAAGCUCAGCGGUUAAUUAUUCAGCAGGGACUUGUGGAUGGAGUUUUCUUGGUACGGGAUAGUCAGAGUAACCCCAAAACUUUCGUACUGUCAAUGAGUCAUGGACAAAAAAUAAAGCAUUUUCAAAUUAUACCAGUGGAGGAUGAUGGGGACCUGUUCCACACUCUGGACGAUGGCCACACGAGAUUUACGGAUCUAAUCCAGCUGGUGGAGUUCUAUCAACUCAAUAAGGGUGUUCUUCCUUGCAAGUUGAAACAUUAUUGUGCUAGGAUUGCUCUUUAACCAAACCAGAAGUGACUUGUUAAACUGUUGAAGAAAAAGGACUCACAACGGGAAAAAAAAAAAAAAAAAGAAAAGAAAGAAAAAAGAAAAGAAAAAGAAAGACUGUAACCAAGGGAGAAAAAUGUUGCCGUGGUGAAAAGAAUCUAUUUCACCUACAAGUUACAAAAAAUAGCUUGUGCAUUGCAGAUAAGCAAAGAUUUGGAUUGACAUUACAUUCAUCAUCUAAAAUUCAUUAGUUAAAAUUAAAUCUUGGAAAAAAUGA